AUGUCUCAGCUAGCUGGGAGAAAGUUAUACUAUGGGAUCAACGCCGUGGCUGGUUUGGCCAUUUUCUUCUUCGGUUAUGACCAGGGAAUGAUGGGCGGAGUAAACACCUCCCCACAUUAUGUCGACACCAUGAAUCUUGGAUAUUCCACUUACGAAGGCGAGUCGGAAGGAUAUGUCGUCACCAUCACGAACCCCACACGCCAGGGAGGCAUUGUCAGUAUAUACUAUCUCGGAACUCUCAUUGGAUGUAUCAUUGCCGGAGUAACAGGCGAUCAACUGGGUCGUCUGAAGACAAUGUUUAUUGGUUGCCUCUGGGUGAUGGUUGGAGCCGCUUUGCAGUGCUCUGCACAAAACUUGGCAUGGAUGCUUUGCGCGAGGGUGAUCAAUGGUAUCGGAACAGGGUAUCUCAACGCAGUUGUUCCUGUUUGGAGUGCCGAGGUUGCUACCCACACAUCCAGAGGCGCAUUCAUCGCAGUAGAAUUCACCCUAAAUAUCUUCGGGGUUGUCGUUGCUUAUUGGCUUGAAUUCGGUCUGGGAUUUGUUGGAGACGGUCGUUCUGAAGUCAGAUGGAGGUUCCCUGUCGCUUUUCAGAUCCUUCCCGUUAUCAUUUUCAUGUUUGCUCUCUUUUAUAUGCCCGAGUCCCCCCGUUGGCUUGUAAAAGCAGGUCGGCUUGAAGAGGCCCAAACUGUUCUCCGACGAAGAUCAUUCGAUCAUUCGGUCGCAGACAAGGAGCUUGAAACCAUAGUGGAAGUCGUAGAGCUGGAGAAGAAGCAUUCGAAGAUGAACAGUUAUUGGAACAUGUUCUGGGGAAUUGGUUCUGGGGAUCUGCACAUCGCUCGGCGGGUUCAGCUGAGUAUCUGGUUACAGAUAUUGCAAGAAUGGGUGGGUAUUGCAGCAAUUACCGUUUACGCCCCUACUAUAUUCUCUCAAGCGGGCUACGGUGCUCGUAAGUCGCAGUGGCUCUCCGGAUUGAACGAUGUGACAUAUUGCUUUUCAACUUUCUUCGCUAUCUACACUAUCGAUCGAUGGGGCCGCCGUAUUGGACUGUGGUGGGGAGCCGUAGGACAGGGCAUAUCAAUAGGACGCACCUUAUCCGCAUCUGCAGAUAUCCUCGCUGGCGCGUUCUCCGGACUCCUGAAAGAUCACUCUGGCAAAGCCGCACAAUACGGCGGUGCAGCUGCCUUUUUCGUGUUCCUCUACACCGCAAUCUUUGGGGCUACGUGGUUAACUAUCCCUUGGGUGUACCCAACGGAGACUUUUCCACUAGAAGUGCGUGCCAAAGGGAACGCAUGGGGUGUCGUUGGAUGGAGUAUUGGUAAUGGCUGGCUCAUGAUGCUGAACCCAGUCAUGUUCAAUAACAUCGGCGAGAAAACCCUUUACAUCUUUGGAGCCAUUAACUUCCUAUGCAUCCCCAUCGUGUGGGCGUUCUAUCCGGAGACAGCUAACCGCACGCUAGAAGAGAUGGAUCUUCUCUUUGCAAGCAAGAGCCCAUUUGUGUGGGAUGAAGGGAAGCACUUCAGGAAGCUCAAAGAGUGGCAAACGCAUGCCUGA